AUUACACAAAAUAGCGUUAGAGCACUAAUUUUAUUAAUCUUUUGAAUUUUUGAAUAUCCAAUAUCAAAUGUCUGGGCCGCUUCUGCUUCUUCUUCCCUUAUUCUUAAAUAUUAGUCGUCGUCGGCGUCGUCGUCUUCCCUCUCCAGACCCUUCCACUAGUAUAUAUAAUAUCAGCCGGCCACCACCAAAGCAGACUCCUUAUUCAGCCCCCAUGACGAUGGUCUCCCUCGCCGGCUUCACCGCUCUAUCUGCCGGCCUCCUGCUCAUCUCCUCGUUCCUGCGAGCUCAAGGAGCCAGCGGCGGCGAGUCGUACGUGCCGGUGCGGAGGGUGGUGUACCGGUCCAUGUCGCCGGCGGCGGGGGCGGCGAUGACCACGGCAGAGGCGGCGGCGGCGGCGCCACCGUACCAGCCGUUCGAGGUGUGCGAGGGGUGCCGGUGCUGCGCGUCGUCGUCGUCCAAUAAUGGCAGCAGCAGCAGCUGUGUGGACACGAGCUGCUGCUACGCCAUCGACUGCGACCUCCCCGGCAAGCCCUUCGGCACCUGCGCCUUCACCCCGCAGACCUGCGGCUGCGGCGCCGCCAGCAACAACUGCAGCCAGCCGGCACCCUGACCACGACCGGUGGUUUCGAUCAAUUCAGAGUCGGCGGCUACCUGUUGGGUUUGGAUGGGUUUGGCUUUGACUCUUGCUACACAGCAGCACUAGUAUGCUAUUGUCCUGUCAGGGUGGCCGGCCUAACUUGUCGCCGUGUUAUAUACAUGCAAACACACGUACAAUAGAGUACAUGCAUCCGGUUCCCUUUUUUAUUUA